CUACGAGAGACAAGACACCACUUUGGCCGUCCAUAGCAACGAGAGCAUACCGCAACACCAACACAAGUCACCGCAUGGUCUAGCACUCAUGGAAAAGUAUCUGCGUGAGUGGCGGCAGGAAGCCCUCAACAGACACCAGUACGACACGGCCAUAUUCGUGGCCGACAAGUUGCUUGCGCUGACGGGAGAAGAUCACGACGCCUUCUGGCUGGCACAAGUACACUUUACCACGGGCAACUACAAUCGCACGCAGUCAUUGCUCGCACGCGGAAACCUCACCGAGCGCACCCCGCAAUGUCGCUACCUCUCGGCGCACUGCUCUAUCAAGCUGGGAAAGACGGAGGAGGCCCUGCAGAUACUGGGCGACAAGAACCCCACUCACCUCAUCUCUGCGCCAGGAAGCGCCCGGCAGAAACUACGGCACGUCGACGUAAACACGCGGGCGGGCCCAAGGCACAACAAGACAGGCGCCCGCCACGAGCGCGUACCCACGAGUGAGGAGCGCGACCGUGAACAUGUCGACAACAUCAAGUCGGAGGCGGGCAUGUGCUAUCUGCGAGGUGUUUGCUAUGCCAAACAAAACUCGUUCGACCGCGCCAAAGACUGCUACAAGACGGCGGUCCAGAUCGACGUGCAGUGCUUCGAGGCCUUUGAUGCCCUGAUGGCCAACUCGCUCAUGUCGCCCGAAGAGGAAUGGAAGUUCCUCGAGUCCCUAAACUUCGACACGAUUAAUGUCUCUAGCAACCCUUCGCUAUCACAAGAAGCAGCUCAAUUUACCAAGACUCUCUAUACUACGCGAUUGUCAAAAUACACUAGGCCAGAGGAAUUCGCUAACGCAACAGAAACACUGAGCACCCACUACAACCUCGGCGACAACCCUGACAUUCUCCUCUCCAAGGCCGAUCUCAUGUUUACCCACUGCCGCUUCCGCGAAGCCCUCGCCCUGACAUCGUCUGUCCUCUCUUCCGACAAAUACAACUUCAAUGUCCUACCUGUACAUCUCGCCUCGCUCCACGAACUCGGCGAGACAAAUACCCUCUUUCUCCUCGCCCACGACCUUGCAGACUCGAAUCCCUCAGAACCCUGUUCCUGGCUCGCAGUUGGUAUAUACUACCUCAGCAUAAGCCGUAUAGCCGAAGCACGUCGAUAUUUCUCGAAAGCGAGUAUGAUGGAUCCGCACUUUGGGCCCGCAUGGAUAGGGUUCGCGCACACAUUUGCUGCCGAGGGUGAACAUGAUCAAGCCAUCUCCGCCUACUCGACGGCGGCACGCUUGUUUCAGGGCACUCACCUUCCGCAGCUAUUUCUUGGAAUGCAGAACCUGCAGCUCAACAAUCUCUCCCUCGCACGCGAGUAUCUCAAGACCGCAUACGACUUGUGCGCGAAUGAUCCCUUGCUACUGAACGAGAUGGGCGUUGUGUACUUUCACGAAGAGCAGUUGCUAGACGCUAUUCAGUUCUUCCGCCGCGCACUCACCUUUGCGGAGCAGAAUGAUGCGGACCCAGAUGCCUGGCUUCCAACACGCAUCAAUCUCGCCCACGCUCUACGGAAAUACGGACAGCUCGAGGAAGCACUCGCAACCUUCGAGGAAGUCUUACGUCAUGGCGUCAAGGAUCCUAACGUCUUCACGGCAAAGGGCCUUGUCUUGCUAGAGCUGAAUCGAAGCUGGGAGGCCGUCAUCGCGCUACAUGAAGCGCUCGCCGUCUCACCACAAGACCCAAUGGCCACCGACCUGCUCAACCGCGCUCUCGAGGCCAACGAAGCCGACUCGGGACUCAUCGAGGCGGGCCCGGGGUGCGAAAUGCGCCUUUUAGAGGACAGCAAGGAAGAGGAGGAGAUUGAAGAGCUGGAGCGACGCAUGAACGGCCGAUUACGCGAACUUGAGCAGAAUCGCGUGGCGGGUAGACGCGGACGGCGGCGCAGGCAUGCACAAGGGAUUGCGGCGGAUGAUCUCAGUGCAUUUGGGGAGAGCAUGCUCGUUGACUCGGACGAAGGGUGAUCUUCCCACGAAAGACGCGUGGCUAUGGAUCUCGAGAUAUUGGAUACGAAAGGCGUCAAAAGUGAGCAUGGGAAUCGCAUUUUCUCGGCGUUUUGAGGUGUUUUUUUUUUUUCACCAUCAUCAUCAUGCCACAGCGACGACAUUAGCGGAAGUUACGGUGCGGUGCAUUCAGCGAGCGAGCGUGUACAAAACUUAUUACCAUUAACACCCUGGGCGUUUUUAUCCUCGGGUAGACUGGGUGACUGGACUUGGUCACUCAUAUCCUUUUUUUUCUGGUUUGCCUUGGGUACUAUCAAUGUAUUUUUAUGUAUCUCUUCCCCCUUUCGAUUUAGGAG